AUGGAGGCUACUCAGCUAAUCAGUGACUCAAUCUUGGAGACAGAUGAAGAAAAUGAAGAGGAGGAGGAAAAUAAGAGGGAGCAGCCAUUAGCUAAACUGUGCAUCUUAAAAAAUGCACACAUCCCUGAGGCAGAUUUGCCCCUGUUUUUGGGAGACAAUGUGCUGGGCCGUGACCCCAACACCUGCACCCUGCCCUUGUUAGCACCUUCAGUAUCCAAGCAGCAUGCCACCAUCUGCCUCUCUGUCUACCAUAGAAGAGGUUGUCACAGUGAAGUGGAUAUAGAGGCUUUGGUUUGGGACCUUGGAAGCAUGAAUGGAACCCGCAAAGGCCGCUUAAAGCUGACUCCUAAUGUGCGCUACGCACUCAGUGAUGGUGACAGUUUGGUGGUGGCGGACAUCCCAUGUCAGUAUGUCAGCUGUGCUGUAGACUCUUCUCAACUGGGCCCGAGGACUCCUGUGAGCAGAAAUUCAGGAGUAAAAUCCAGGUUGCCAGAUGCCUUGGGUGAGAAGCGAGGUGACAAAAGUACAGACAGCAGGAAAUGUGUCAACAGCGGCACAAAAGCUGGGGUGUCAUCACUGAAGACUCCUGUCAGAGCCAGUUGCCUGUCCUUUGAAAAAACUCCAACCCAGCCACAGGGCACCCUAGUCCCAGAAUCUGAUUCAGACUCAGAUGGAGAAAGAGGGGGAGGAGGAGACAGAAGGCGCAAUGCUCUAGUGUCUGAUUCUGACUCUCAUAAAUCUAGUCCCACUUGCUCUACAUUCUUGAGUCCCACAAACAAAAUCGUCCCUGAAAGUGAGGAUGAAAGUCCCAUCACACCAUCCUCCUCCACUAAAAAUAGACCUCACAGACAUGUCAGCUUUAGCAAGGAGGAGACAGAAGUAGAUGUGGGGGGACAGCUGCUGGAGGAAAAAAAGGCACUUGCAAUUGUGCAUGACAGUGAAGAGGAGGGAGGAAGGGAGGAAGAAAGAGCAGCACCAGAAGGAAAGUCUGAGAAAAGUGGACCACACCUGCCAGUGAAACAGGAAAGCAGUGCCAGUCUCACAGGAGAAGAUGAAUUGCCUGUGUCUACAGCAGCAGUCUCCACAGAUUCCAUCCCUGCAUUUAACAUGGACAGUGACACUGAUAUGGAGGGAGAGGAGGAAGGGGUGGCAUCUGUGGGUUCUGUAACCUUGAACACAAACCAAGUCAAUCAGCCACCAAACACAGCCCAGUUUCACAUGGACAGUGAUACAGAUGUCGACGAGGAUGAAGAUACCAUAGAUAAAGCUCCUAAAACUGUGCCCUCCUCUGAUGACAAAACCAAACCUCGUCAUGUUAAUUCAUUUAUUCAGCCUGAGGGAGUCACUGUGGACAGUGACACUGAUGUGGAUGACGAUGCUGGUGUGUCAGAUGCUGCCACAGAAGCAAAACCCAUGUCAUUUCAGAGAGCAAACACAGCUGACACUGCUUCUUUAAUGCAGCCGAAAGAUAUUAACUUAGACAGUGACACAGAUGUUGAUGAGGAAGAAGACAGGGAAAAUGGAACGAAUAAACCAAUCUCUAAGAUAGAAGAAACUCCCACUAGAUUAGAUAUAAAGCCAACAGGGCCCGAAUCUUCCCCCGCUGCUCCUCAUAGCCUACAUCUAGACAGUGACACAGAUGAGGAGGCAAUCCCUGUCCCUGCCCUCAGUGAACCCGUGGUGGUGUCUGCUGCAACAGAAUCAUGCACCACUGCAGAUGGAGGUGCUGAUAUUCUGUCUGACAGUGACACAGAUGUGGAUGACAAUUCACCUCUAGUUAUACCUGUUGUGAUCACAACCUUGUCGGUCGCUCCCGGUACCAUAUCAGAAGCCCUUGAGUCAGAUUCUAAUGCAAACACAGAUGUGGUUGGAUCCAGCACGCCCCCUGCUGGGCAUACUGCCAAUCCACAGGACCUUAGAGUGGACAGUGAUAAAGAUGUGGAGGACCAGGAGGCAGACGGGGGCCAGAUCCCCAGCCUAUGCAGAGAGAAAACACCUGGGUUGCUGGUUCCUCUUCUGCAGAACUGCUCUACCCCGGUACACUUAUCAGAAGGAGAAGUGGAAGUUAUGGAGACUCAGGCUUUCUUGAGUCCCUCUUCAGUUCCGUUUAGAGGUGCAGUAGCCCCUGUUGCAGGACCUGUAGGAUUGUCCUCCUGCUCGGACAGCCAGGAAGAUGAAGACUUUCUUGUGGCCGAGACGCAGUCCUUCAUUCUUCAGACCCGAGAUUGCCAGAGCAACCCUCCAGAAGACCAUACCAUGGACCCCACCCAAGCUUUUGGCCUUGAACCUUCUUAUGAAAAUGAUGAACAAUCCAGCAGAGAAGGGUCUUUUCAGCUGGGGUUGUCUGACAGCAGCCACCUGCAGUGUCAGGCCCAAGCUGUGGCCAUGGAGAGCACCCAGGCGUUUGUCUCUGUGGAUCGGAGUGUGAAUAUGGAAGACACCCAAGCAUAUGCAGCCAUCUCAACUGCAGUCAGAACCUCUGCAGAGAAUGAUCUAAAUCUGGAGGCCACACAGCCCUAUGGAAAGAAUGAGGUGCCUGCCAGAUGUUCAGUAAUGUCUGACAAAGAAGGUCAGGUUGAUUUGGCUCUAGAAGCAACACAGGUAUAUACCUCAGAAUGCCACAGUGAUUCAGAGAAUGAAAUAGAUGACGAUGAGAGAAAAAACAUAACUGCUACCGCUGAGACUCAGCCUUUCGGAUUUCCCACCUCCUGUACACCUCCUGUACUUCAUGAGGAGGCGGCUCAACCUCAGCAGAGACCCCGUGGUGAACUUUUAUGUACAGCAGAAACUCAGCCCAUGAGUGCAUGUGACGAAGAGGAAAGUGAUGAUGAAGACUCGAUUCAAAGUCCAGGAACAAGAACAGCAAAGCCACUGCAGCUGGAAGAGCAGACACAGCCCCUCAUUAGUUCUGAUUUAUCAAUUGUUGAAACCCAACACAUGCACAUUGGUUUUGCUGAAACUCAGCCCAUGGCUACAAGUGAAAAUGAGGACACUGAUGAUGGGGACUCAAUUCCAAUUUUUCGAGGAAGAAGAGCAAAGCCACGGCAGCUUGAAGAGGAGGCACAGCCUCUCUCUGGUUCUGAAAUCUCUGUUACGGAAACCCAGCCCAUGCACAUUGGUGGUGCUGAGACUCAGCCCAUGGGUGCAUGUGAAGGUGAGCAAAGUGACGAAGAGGACUCAAUUCUAGUGCCACGAAAAAGAAAAGCAAGGGCGCUGCAACUUGAAGAAGAGCAGACACAACCACUCACAAUUUCUGAGGUCUCUACUGUUGAAACCCAGCCCUUGGAAACACAAACUGGUGUACAACCUCAGAGACGAAGGGGGAGACAAUCUGAAGCUGGAACCAGUGGAGUCAAUGUUAGAAAUAAAAGGGGGACAAUGGCAGGAUUAAGAGAGGAGGAGGAGCAGGCAGUGUGUUCUGAACCUCCAAAGAGACGGACAAGAGGGAAGAAUAAAGCUUUGACAACUACUAGAGGAAAGAGAGGAAAAUCCAACCUUGAUGAGGACGAGAGUGAGGAAGAGGAGGAGGGAGAGCAGGCUAGGAGGGCUCGAGGGAAAAAAUCCAUGAGGCAGCAGAAACAUUUUGAGGAAGAGGGAGAACAGUGUGAAACGGAAGGAAGUGAACGUGCUGAAAAUAGCAGCCCAAAUAAGGAGAAACAAGAAGAGGGAUCUGGAGAAGACGGAGAUGUUGCAAACCUCACACAUCACAAGAGUGAAAAAAUGGAAAGAAAGGAAAAGGAAGAACAAGAUAGAUUGCUGGCUGAAAAUACAGCAAGGAUAAGACUUGAACAGGAGAGAGCAGAGAAAGAGAGAAAGGAACAAGAAGAAAAGGAAAGAUAUGGUCGGUUACAGAAAGAAAAAGAAAAAAAAUUGGAGAAGGAAAGAAAGGAGUGUGAAGAAAUUGAGAGAUUGGAACAUGAAAAGGAAAGAAAGGAACAGGAAGAAAAGGAAAGACUGGAGAAAGUAAAGAAGGAACUAGAAGAGAGACUUGAGAGGGAGAGGAAGGAACAAGAACACCAAGCAAGACUGGAGAGGGAAGCAAAGGAAAAGGAAGAAAGAGAAAGACUGGAGAGGGAAGCAAAAGAAGAAAGAGAAAGACUGGAGAGGGAAGCAAAAGAAAAGGAAGAAAGAGAAAGACUGGAGAGGGAAGCAAAAGAAGAAAGAGAAAGACUGGAGAGGGAAGCAAAAGAAAAGGAAGAAAGAGAAAGACUAGAGAUGGAAGCAAAAGAAAGGCUGGAGAAAGAAAAAGAGACUAAAGAAAAACAAAUAAAAGAGCAACAAGGAAACAAGGAUGAAGUAAACAGUAGAGUGCCCACAAGAGGCCGGAGAGCAGCUACAAGAACAAUGGCUGCCCGGUCUACAACAGAGCCAGAACAAGACUCAACCAUAUUAACCAAUGAUGAUGUCCCAGCAAGGAGAACCAGAUCUCGCUCCAACUCUUCCAACUCGGUCAGCUCCGAGAGAUCUGCUGCGAGCGUAAACACCCAGGAGGGCAGGGGGAGAGGUCGAGGCAGAGGAAAGAAAAGGACCAGUGAACCACCCCAGGUAACCAUCGCCAGAGGCAACAGUAGGAGGAGGACGGUGGCUGCAGGGACAACAGAGCAGGGCAAUAAUGAUGCUUUUCCUCAGGGAGUCCUUUCAAGGUCUAACUCCACCAAUUCUCUCAACUCUGAUAUUUCUAGCUACAGUGUGACCUCCCAAAACAGAGGGAGAGGAAGCAGGCAGCAAGAAAGACAGAGGAAAACAGAGCCUGGGCCGGACUCCAUCCCUCCUGUCAAUAGUCAGAGUGAUCAGAAUUCAGCUCUCAAACCUGCAGCCAGAGGCAGGAAGAGCAGGAAAACUGAGGGAUCCUCUAAUGUGGCUCCUCAGGAAAAUGAUCAAGAGAAGGCAGACUCUCAGCAGGCCAGUACCACAAGGGGGCAGCGUCGAGCCAAUGCAAAUGUCUCUGAUUCCACUGCUGCAGAUGAGGAAGAUCAGCCAAAUCAGAAGGAAGGUGUUGGCAGCGAGGAAUCACCUCUGCCUAAAAGGAAUGCCAGGGGCAGAGGCCAAAAAGCAGUAAAGAGUGAAACUGCAGAGGCACCAGUUGCUCCUGCAGUCGGUAAUGUGGGAGAGACUAAAGACAAAAGAAAAGGAAGGAAAAGAGAGUUGCAGGAAAAUACCGAGGGGGAUUCUAGCAGUAGCUCCAAAAUCUCAAAGGGGAAGGAGAAAUACCAGACAACAGAGGCAACAGAGGAAGAAGGGAAAGAUGAAUCAAAAGAAGAAAACCCUGUCCAAGCCAAAAGGAGAGGUAGAGCAUCCACUGCUCAAGCCAAGAAGAAUGCAAAAGAAUCUCCUCUUGGAGUGGAGGUGAAAGAAGAGAGUGAGGAAAUGGAGAAGGAUAUUGUUGAGAAGAGAGGCAGAGGUCGACCAUCUGCAGCCCAGAAAAAAAAGAAAGAGGAGCAUGACGAAAGUGGAACAUCUGUCAGCUCCAUGACACGGGAUGCAAAAGUGGAGGCCCCAGAGCCCCAGACUCCAACCACCAGUGCAUCCCGGAAGCGACAGGCUCCUGUGAACUCCUCUCCUGUGGCAAAGACUCCUCGCUCCUCCACUGCUUCGCCUGCAGCUAGUGGUCGACAGCAAGCUGCGAGCCAGGCCUACAAGGUGCUGUUCACAGGCGUGGUGGAUGAAACCGGGGAGAGAGUGCUUGCUCGUUUACGAGGCAGCAUUGCUAAAGGUGUAGCAGACAUGAACUGCCUGGUGACUGAUAAAGUGCGCAGGACUGUCAAGUUCCUGUGUGCGGUGGCCAAAGGAAUCCCCAUUGUCACCACACACUGGCUGGAAAAGAGUGGCAAAGCUGGGAGCUUCCUGUCUCCUAAUGCUUAUGUUGUGAAGGAUCCAGAGCAAGAGAAGAAGUUCGGUUUCCGCCUGCAGGAGUCUCUAAGGAUUGCCAGCAGUCAGCCUCUCUUGCAGGGAUAUGAGAUCCAUGUUACGAAGUCAGUGAAACCAGAGCCAGUUCAAAUGAAAGACAUAAUCUCCUGCAGUGGAGCUACCUUUCUACCUAAGAUGCCCUCUUCUCCCAAGCCUCAGACUGUAGUGAUUUCCUGCGAGGAGGACUGGUCGCUGUGUGGCCCCGCUGUCGCUGCAUCUCUCCCAGUCGUCACUGCUGAGUUCAUUCUCACAGGAAUCCUUCAGCAGAAAGUUGACUUUCAAAGCCACACUCUCCCUGCCCCUGUAACUAAUCUACAGCUCACAGGAGGCAAAGGGAGGGGCAGGAAGAAGACAUAGCAUCAACAGGGUAUACUUUAAAUAUACACGCAGUGAUGCAGUUAUAGGAAAUAUGCACUAGUGUGUACACAUUUAUAAUUUGUAGGAUCAAAUCAGAGACUGAUAGACUUACUAGUGAGUCAGCUGUUUGUUUGUAUAAAAGACUUGAAGAAUGUAUUUGCCAAAUGCAGCAAAAGUUGCGUAUUCAAUUAAAUGUAGAGACAUUUUGUACAUGUAUUGUCAGCAUUGGAAGCAUGCGUUAGCCAUCAAAUGUUCAAAGAAACUUAUUUUGUAUGUACAACUUCCUGAUUUGCAAGAGAGUAAUGUAAGAAACAAAAUUUAGGAAGCUUACCAAAGGGAGACAUGUCUCUAAUUUUUAUGUUUCAAAAAUGGACUCUUUUCUUACAGUCUUACCUUUUGCCUUGUACAUGUGGGAAAGAUGUAUUUUUUAGAAUUACGAAAGCUAAAGACGAUGUGGCUGCUACGCAGGGUGUUUAAAUAAUUACCCAUUAACUGUCCUUGUCACUCUCCCCUCUCCUCCUCCUGUGUGCUCCACCCCUCCCUUUACACAACAACAACAACCAGAGAAGGAAUUAACACUCCUAAACUGCUGCCUCUCUGUUUGCUAAGUGCUUAAACUCAAUCAGCAUUUUUGGCAGCUAACCAACCAUGAAGAGGGAGUUUUGUAAAUCAUGUUUGGUCGGUGGAACCUUGGAACCCACAGGGUCUGUUUAGAAAUCCAUCAUGUACGCUGGCCAGUAGAUAGAAAAAAAAAAAGCUUGUUUCCUUUCCUGAUAAGAAGUGCUUAGUGCCUUUUUAUACCAAGGUAAUCAUGAACCUACCAGUGUAUCUGUUGUUUCUCUGUCUCCAUUAACAACCACCACCUACUCCAUUAGGGCUUCAUCCAAUCCUAUUACGUUCAGGGAUGAGACACAAUACAGGCACCUGAAUGCUGAUGCUGCUACUACAUCAAUAUCUUAUGAUGUUUCUCCUUGCCUGUCUCUUCACUUCUUAGCAUACAGCCUUGAAGGUAUGUUGUUAUUGUAUGGUUUAAAAAAAAAAAAACAAGAUACAGAACUGACAUUUGAGUUUUCUUCAUGCUGUGUCAGUGGUGUUUUAAAGACAGACUCAUUAGCUUGUAAUUUGUAGAACUGUUAACUAGUUAAUAUCUUAACAUCAAGUUUGUAUUUGCACCAAAUCAUGAAAU